GCGGACCGUGGCGAACUGAGCCGUCGCGGCUCUAGGCAUCGUCUUCACAUUGCGUGAGCAUCUUUGGCGGUGGCCAUAGUGUUUCCAACAAUAUGUUAGAGCGAACUCUCUAGCGCCGCAGUCAUUGACCCAACAUGGAAAUGAUGGCACCAUCCCGGGCCCGAUAUUGUUCGGUCACCUGAUCGACCGCACCUGUUUUCUGUGGCAAGGCACGUGUGGUGGUGGCUCGGGCGCCUGUGCCGUCUACGAGAACUCGGCCAUGGGCAUGAACCUGUUCCGCAUCAUGUUGAGCGUCAAGUCGGCGUCCAUAGUGUUCUUCUUCUGCGCCUCACUUAGCAGCAAGACGGAGGCUAAUUUGCUGACCGCACCGGGAGUGACGCCUCUGACUCAAGUGGCCGAAGAUGACGUGUCCUUCAAGAAGCGAGGAUCCGGCGGUUCUCUCAACGCGGAAACCGUCGGCAAGGAGGAAGUUAAGGAAGAUGGCAGUGACAAGUCGAAAGGGGAGAGCGGCGAAUCCAGGGAUGAAGUAGCGAGAAAUGACAUCCCUGUAUCCAGGGACUGAAGCAUCCGUAAAUGAAUUAUAAAGAA